AUUUCAGUACCAAAAGCGGUAACCCCGAGCUACACUCGGGCUUACCCUGCGGCACUGCUCCGGCAUGUGUUCUUCACUUACCUUACCCUGCGCUCCCACGAUGUGUCCCCUGCAGCGUCCCCGGCCAUCUCCUCCGGCCGAUGCCGGCAUCCGGCUUCUGUGUCCUGUCCCUGUGACGUCGGGACGUAUGGGAGCCGCCGUCGCCGCCGGCGGCGGGAAAUUUAAAAAUUUUAAAAAAUGUCAUUUUUUUUUUUUACAUUUACAUUUUACACAUGCUUUGUCCUGCGCCCUGCCUGCAUUUUGUCUGUUCUUUCUG